AUGCGCGGUCGCAGAAGUCUGUCGAGGAUCCAUGGCGCCGCCAGUGAUGUGUCCCAUAUGAACACCAACGUGACAGACAAUACUUCCACUGCUGCAAUCAGAACGACAAGCAGCGUCAUGCUAAGCGCACCAAAGAGCGCGGUGGGUAGGUUGUCCAGUAGAGGUUUCAAUGGGCGCAGCACCCCACAUGCCGAGAGUGACGAUGACUUCGACGUGCGAUCUGCCAACGGCGAUGGUGAGGCAAGCCGAGCUCUUUCCAGUGGGGCACUGAGCAAUGCAGAGGAGGGUGUGCCGAACCUCGCCACAUUCUACAACAAACCACAAGAGUGUUACUACUGUCACAGUCCAGCGGUGACGCGCAUGUGCGAGCAAUGUGAGGACAUGUAUAUAUGUGACGACUGCAUAUUCAGUGACAAGUUUGACCACGACCCGACGCACGCCAUAUCUGCCCUGUAUGAAAUGCAGUCUACUGUCAGUCGGUCAUUCGGCUCCAGUAUAGGGACGAUGGAAGGGGGCGCCAGUAGUCUCUUCUACGACCCAUGCGAAGUCUGUGGUCGGGUGAUUCUUGACACGGAGCUCGUGUAUAACUGUGAUGAUUGCAACGUUGUGAUUUGUGGCGGCUGCUUCCAAAAGAGUGGAGCCUCGGCGCAUGAGCAUGAACUUAGGCCGUUCCAGCGUACGCUUCGCAGUGGUGCGUCGAACUCCGCAUUGGUAAACAAGAGCCGCAAUAGCGAAGGCAAUAAGGUCAUCAAUGAAUAUGUGGUGGUGAGAAUGCUUGGUAGGGGAUCGUACGCCAAGGUGAACCUUGUGCAGCACCGUCGUGCUCACACCUUGUAUGCCUUAAAAAUUUUGCGUCACAACGCCACGAAUAAAGCCAAACGGGCCCUUUUAGCAAAGCCUGGAAACGAGGAUGUUCUAUUGCGUGAAAUUGCCGUCAUGAAAUUUGUGUCACAUCCGAAUCUUGUAAAACUAAAAGAGGUGAUUGAUGAUGUCGAGGCACAGAAGGUGUACGUGAUUAUGGAGUACUGCAAGAAUGGGCCGGUGUACACGCCAGGCAACCAGCCCCUGCCGUUAGAAAAGGUGCGCAAAUACGGUCGCGAUAUCAUGAUCGGCCUCCUACACCUGCAUGAGGAACAUCUCUUCCACCGUGAUAUUAAACCUGCCAACUGUCUCGUGGACGCCAAUGAUGUUGUAAAGAUUGCUGAUUUUGGCACCUGCUCCAGUCAGAUGAAGAACGAGUGCCCUGAGGGAACCCCAGCAUACUCGUGCCCUGAGCAGUACCGUGGGGUGCGGGUUUUGGGUGAAGUCGUGGAUAGCUGGGCGUUCGCCAUGACGAUCUACCAAAUGUCACAUGGGGUCCUGCCUGUAAACACCGAAACAGUUGGAAGCCUACGUGCCAGUCUUCUAAGUCCCACGCCAUUUACAUUCGCGCCAAACUGCGACCCGGAGUUGCGGGAUCUCCUCGCGCAAAUGUUGGAGAAGGACCUGUCAAGGCGGAUGCUGCUGCGAGCUGCGGCACACCACCCCUUCUUUCGCAUGAACAUGAAUGGUGAUUACCAAGCGAGUGCAAUUAGAACCUACACCCGCUCAGAGGGCUCGCAGACGAAACUCUACGAGCGAGCCAUGCAGUCAGUGCUACGCGGCAAAAGCCUGAACACGUGCUUCCAUGGGAUGCGGGUGAUUCGUAAGAUGCGCCGCAGGGCUCUGAAGACUAAUGUCGUCUCUGGAUUUAAGGGAGUGAACGCCAACAAUGUGGUAAUGGAUCCAACUACGGGGGAAAAUUCAAAUGAGGAUGACUAUGCCCCCUCCAUAACACAUGAUGUAGAUGUGCUGCAAGUCGUCUCCAUGUUGUUGGAAACUCAAAAGAAAGGGCAGUUGGAGAUUGUGAACCUGCCCUUGCGUGAGCUGCCUCCUUUCCUAGCCGAUGCUGCACCCCGGACGUCAGAGCUUUUCUUGUCCAACAAUGGCAUUUCUUCAGUGGCAAAUAUCGAUUUUUCGCAGUUCCAAGCACUUCGGGAGGUGAGAAUCACCAACAAUGCACUCACUGUGUUUCCUGUUGAAAUACUCAGUGCACCACGUCUGCAAAAGUUGGAUCUCUCAAACAACCGCAUAACACAAAUUCCCGCCGACCUCGGCCAAGCAAGAGUCUUGGAACGUCUUUCCCUCGAGUUUAACUGCAUUAGGCGCAUUGGCACCGACAAAGCGGGGAAGUCUGUACUUUCCCACCCAUGCCUGCGGCAGAUCCGUCUCAGCGGCAACCCGUUAGCCCACCUCCCGGAGGCGCUGCACACAUGCCCUAAUCUAGAGUUAGUGCUGGAUGACUCCCCUGUGCUGAUGGAAGAGUGGGAAAGGAUAGUGCAGAAAGCGGCGUCAAUAGUAGUAGUGUGGAAUGAUAUUUACCCACGCCAGUUGUGCCACGAUUUGCCUCUGUUCGUGACCUCAAAGAACAUGAACUUGCUUUCCCAGACGAUUCUCGAGACCCUCAACAUCCGCCAUGUUGUCUAUGCGGACACUGAGGAUUGGAUUCACCCCGGCAUCAUCACGGCGGAGGAGAUGGAGCAGUACCUGCAGUGCGGCUGCGACGUUGCCGUGGCGGCCACACCGGAGAAGGCGAGACGUUCUGUGCAGGCCGCACUGCCGCAAGGCCCCGAAAGCGGGUUGGGCCUCGAGUCGGCGACGCGGCCGCGCUCGCUGGCCCCCAUCCUGCGCCUGGCAUCCUACCGGCUUCUGUAUAGCUCCUUUGUUGUGACGGAAUCUCCGGAGGAUGAAGAGGGUGGAUUUUUGCCGCUCUGGAAUUACCUCUCCGAGCGGCUGAAACUGGGGGAGCGUGUCUUAGUUUUUCUCGACGAGAAGAAAAUGUCGAGGUCCAUGCGUGAAACAAUCCUUGCGGCCAUCUGUGAUGUGAUCCGCGUGCAGUCGAAUGGGGGGAUGGAAUUAGAAGAAUGUUACCGCCUCGUACUAGACACAAUGAAAGGGCUUUACGGCUGA